CAGGUGUUGGUUGGACAAGUUCAUCAUGGACCCGAGACUGUUGCGUCUCUAAUGGCGAAACAGCAGCAGCAACAGCAACAACAACAACAACAACUUGAGCAACAACAGAGGAUGGCAGCACAAGCCGGCAAACCUGUCAUCGGGAUCUACCAAAUUGAGAGCGCAAAGCCGUCAUCAGGAGAUGACCAGCAGGGCUCAUCUAAUCACCCUCCACCCACAGCAUUGUUGCCAUUGAUGCCUGUAGUUGUACAAGAGGAAAAGAAAGAAGAGGCGAAACCUGACAACAGUAAAGUGGUUCUGACAGCCAGUGAGUUAGUCCAGUGUCAGGUCUACCCAUGGCACUCUGUUGUCCCUUUCCUGACUACCCCUCCUCGCCCCAAGGGCCCAGAUCUUCCACCCCAGGGGCAGCCACAACAAUCCACUCAACAGGGGCCCCCUACACAACUCGCAAAAGUUAACUUUGCUGAUAAGGUUCAAAACAUAGAAGAAGAUGAUGAUGACGAUGAUGUCUUUAUAAGUGUAGAUGAUGAGACCCCGGGCGAUGUAGUUUCUGCAAAGAGGCGCUCUCAAUCUCUUGGUGCUCUACCCAAAGAUGAACCUAAAAGCCCCCGAAAGAUAAAAGACAAGGACCACAUAAGACGUCCUAUGAACGCAUUCAUGAUCUUCAGUAAGCGCCAUAGAGCCAAGGUCCAUGAACGGAACCCCAAUCAGGAUAACCGAACUGUCAGCAAGAUAUUGGGAGAAUGGUGGUAUGCUCUGGGGGCUAAGGAAAAACAGGAGUACCAUGACUUGGCAUUCCAGUUAAAAGAGGCUCACUUCAAAGCUCACCCAGAGUGGAAGUGGUGUUCUAAAGACCGCAAGAAAUCUGCAGGAAGUACCAGUAGCGCCCCAAGAAGACGUCUCAGCUCGUCUGAUGAACUGGCAGCAGCUGCUAUCGAAGGUAACCUGAACCAGUUGCCAUCAGUCACCGACACAAUUGAUGAUGAUGAUGUGUUUGAGGCUGCCAAGAAAAUUCCCAAUAUUCCUGUUGCAUCAAGCUCUGGUCUUGUGGCUCCCCCUGGUGUAGGUGAUAACACACAAGCCUUGGCAGAACUCAAGCAGAUGUGCUCAAGUCGUGCCCCUUACCAGCCUGCAGGUAAAGCUUUAGUCACAGUAGGAGAAGCCAGCCAAGCAGGCCAGGAUCAAGCAAGGGCAAAAGCUGCUAAGACUGCUACUGGAGAAGAGAGUGACGAUGAGGAUAGAAUGAUCAUUGAUGAGAAACAAGUGGAUGAUGAGGUGGCACAGGCUGACCAAACUGAUGGUAUAGACCUCAACUGCAAAGAACAUGUCUCUGACAGUGAGACAGACAGCCAAUCAGAGGACGAGGUAAUCGAGAACAAAGCGUUUCCACAGCAACGGUUUUCUCCAGUCAUGAAACGGAUCCAACAUCAUGACAUCACAUACAAACCAAAACCUAUCAAAGUCACGCCAGACUCCCCGCGUGAACUUGGCACACACGGAUCACCAGGUCUUGAAGAUGGACUCCCAAGGCCCUCUAGCAAUGGCUCAACAUUCCAACCGAAAGGAGCGGUAUUCAAGGCCCACUCCCCUAAGGGUAACCGUAUUGAUUUCCUCCAGAGGGUUGACCCAAAUGCCAACAGGCCUGAUAGCGCGAAAAGUGACAGUGCAAUCAUGGCGAUGAAAGCUUAUGAUUUACCAGGCACACAGCCGACUAACACUCUGCAAGUGAUAAGCUCCACCACGACGCCAGUGGGUCAGAAGCUUAUCAUGAAGACGAGUCAAGUGAGAUCUAUCCACAAUGUCAGCAUCAAGCAUGACAAGCACAACUCAAUGAUAAUGACAUCAACGUCACAGAUGAUGCUAGGAGCCAAUCAGGCUCCUGCGAUUAAGACCCCACCCAAGACCAUACAUGACAUCAUGGCAGCCAAUGCCCAACAGCAACAGCAACAUCAACAACAACAGCAGCAACAAAAUAAACAGCAGAUUGCCCCAUCACAAAAUCCAGUUGUCAUGGUAACCCGUAGCAACAAAACAUCAGUGCCAUCUUUUAAAAGUCAAACAAUGUCUUCAGCACCCGUAGUGAUGCUGCAGUCGGGGCAGGGUAAGCCAGCAGGUACCCCUCAGGGUGGUUCAGAUGCUGUCCCUGGACAACUGAAGAACGUGAAUGCUUUGUUAGUGCCGACUCAGCCUGUCACCAUCUUGAACUCUGGGGGAAUCACUCCUGCUAAGAGUCCAGCAGCGUCAGUGAGUAGCAUGGUAACUGCUUCGAACCCACAGUUCAUAACCACCACCCUUCGCAACAUUGUUCCCCCUACUAGCACCCCCAGUACUCCCACAGGGACCCAACCAAUAGCUCCUGCCUUACAAGUGACAAAUUUUAUCCUGAAGCCCACCUCUGCUGGUCAGGGCCAAGCUGACAAAGGAGCGGGGAUGUUACAACCUGGGCAGCCCACCCAACUACAAUAUAUCUUACCCUCCCUCACAGUCCAGCCUGCCCUGGGGGGCAAAAUGCCAAACAUCCAGUUUGCUAUCCAAGGUGGUUACCCUGUAACCACUAUGGCAGGUCAACAGGUACAGCAGGUCCAACAAGGAGGAACAAUCCAAGUCAGUGCCAUGCCUUUAGCUAGCCCAGGAAUCAAACUCACUCCUGUGAAAACUCGAGACACCCCACAAAGUCAAGCUACAGGGCAAAAUGUACAACCGAACAUUGCCUCCCAAACACUGCAAGUUCUCAGCAAUCAGAAUAUUGCUCAACAUCAGAAACAGCAAAAUGCAGUACAACACACAUUACAACAACAACAUGCAGUGCAACACCAUCAGGUGGUACAACAACAACAGGUGACACAACAACCACACACAGGACUGCAACGUGCAGUACCGCAGCAAACCUUACAACAAGUAAUUCCACAAGAAACACAUCAGCAGCAAGUGUUUGCUGUGAGCCAACAACAGGGUGUCAUGACAACAGCAGUUUCCCAGCAACCUGUGACAUCACAACAGAGAAUUAUCUAUCCAUCAUCCAAGUAUCCGCAGCAGCAGUCAGUUGGAAACCCUGUAGCAACAAGUGUGGCAAGCAAGCUGUCUAACAGACCAGCACUUGGAGGUGAUGGCAAUGCAGCAUCAACCAACACUCUCCAAGCAUAUCUAACUUCAGGCUCUAACAAAGUUGUUCUUCAAACUACCAAUUCGCCCAUGCCGAGUACACAGCCUCAGCAGCAACACCAGCAGCAGCAACAACAGCAGCGUUAUCAAAUACUCCAACAGCAGCAACAGCAGCAUAUGUUACAACAGCAGCAAAAGCAGAGUCAACACCAGCAACAAAAUCAAGAGAGAUUACACCAGGAGAUGCAGCAAAAAAUACUAAAACUUGAGCAGCAAUUACAACAAUCUCAAAAACAGCAGCAAGAACAGCAACAGCAAUAUUUAGAAAAACAACAACAACAACAACAACAAAGACAUUCACAGUCAAUACAUGAGGAUAAUUCUAAAGUUGAACGGCAGCUCAUGCGCCAACCAGCCAUAUCCUCCCAGGCCCAUGUAGCGCCCCAAGGCCCUGUGACCCCCCAGGCCCCAAUAGGACCCAUUUCCCAGGCAUCUACACUCUCUAAUACUCACCCACAAUACAACAAUGACAACAAAGCCAAUGGUAACCAUGACACCAAAGACACUCAGGAGCUUGUAAGUGGCAAGCCCCAGAGGUCUUGCAAGGGAAAAAGAUACAAAGAGAUAGUUGCUGAAAGUGGACUAAAAUCAUUGAAAAAGGAACGCAAGGUGUACAAAGGUGGCUCAAAUACAGGUGAUAGCCCAGAUGAAAGGUCCCCAGCGAGUGCUGCCGUAGAGAAUAACAAAAGAGCAGAUAACUCACAACUUCAGAUGGCAAAGGAGCGUAAAAGAAGUAUUCCACCCCCUCUGAAUGUACCUCCCCCUGGUAGCUCUGACAUCCCACCUCCCUCCCCCAACACUGCCAGCCCACGAAGAGCCUUUCUUAAACGCAAUGUUAAUGAUGGAAUGGAAAAGGUACUUGAAGAAGUUGACUUUGAGCGAAGAUUUGAAAGUUUGCCUCAGUUCAAGCCAGACAACUCUGAAACUGGCACACCUCUGCCUAAGAGUCCUAGAGGGAUCGUCAACUCGUACCGGAGGAAAAAGAAAAUGUCAAUAGAUCUGAGUGGGACCCCAGGUGUUGACAGCAUGGAUGAAUCUACCCCCAGUGCUACCCCAGGCAUUACCCCUGUCAUGGGAGCACCCAUCUCAGCAGGAUUCCGGGGACAACCAGCUGGCAACAAUGAGUCCCCAACCCCUAAGAGCAUGAAGCUUGAAGGGCAAAGAUUCUUCGGGAGUAACUUCCACCUUGAUGCUCUGAAUGAAGCUGCAGCAAUUGGUGAUGGCUCAGAAGAAGACUUGGGCUCUCCCCGGACCCCAAAGACACCAGCCUCUCCUGGGGCUUUUUCCUCUCUUCGGAGAAUUCUGGAACAGAGACGUACACUUGUCCUACAAUUGUUCGAGACAGAUGGAUUUUUUCCUUCAGCCACCUCAACAGCAGCGUUCCAGGAGAAAUACCACGAGAUCUUUCCCACUAAGAACCUGCUACAGUUGAAAAUUCGAGAGGUGAGACAGAAAAUGAUGGCAGAGAGCUCCACCCCUGGGCCAGAAGAGGGGGAGGAAGACCAGGCAUCUAGUCAACGUUCCCCUGCAGUCGUGGGGACUAGUAGUGCAGUUAAUAUGCCAAGUGGGAACAGUCAUUCCUUGCUUGGCCCAUCAAGUGGCAGUGGAGCCCUUAGGGGAACUGGCCACUUGGUGUCACCACUUGUCAGAGGCCAGGGUAACCAAGGUAACCCAACGUCCAGUGGCCGACAAACAUUUACACCACGUGCCUCUUCGACAUCUGAACUAGCAGCUGUUCACAGGAAAUAACUGAUAUGGCAGCCCCGCACAGUCAACAAUUCAACUGGCAGCAACGCACAGUGAACAGUUCAACUGGCAGCCACAUAUUUAAAAUAAUGAAAUAAUUAUGAAAAAAUAAUGACGUGGCUGGCAAAUAUAGUAAAUAAGUGAAUUGGCAGCCAUGUAUAGGAAGUUACUGAAUUGGCAGCCAUAAUGUAUGGAAUGACUGAAUAAUGGCAGCCAUAUGUAUGAAAUAACUGAAUCUGUAAACUGUAAAUAAGACAUAUCACAAUUAUGAUUGUUGAUCAAUCGAGAAAUUUUAGAAAGUUUCAGAGAUGUAAGGAAGUCAAAGAAACUUUUUUGAAAGUUUCAGAAACGUAAGUGCGUCCAAUUAUGCCACACAAUUUUGAUACUUUAUCGACUUUCCACUUGGAGCUAUCAUUGUGCAUUUUAAGCAUAUUGUUAUGCUAUAUAUGGUCACAUUUUCAUGAACGCACAAGGAAUCUCAACUCCUAAGCCAGUGGCAGUGUCCAACAUGUCCAACAUGCUGUGUGCAAAUUAGAUUUGAACAACAUCAUUGGAGAACCUCUCUAAACAAAUUUUGUUCAAAAUGAAUUCAUUAUUCAUGAUAGAUUUGACUAAGUUGAAACAUUAGAUGAUGACAAAUUAUCAUAGUAUAAUACAAAUUUGUUCAUCCUAGAUUUAAAUGAUCACUUUUAAAGAUAGAGAGUAGUAGUAGUAGUAAUAGAACUAUUUGACGAGACUAAUAGUCAAAUUUGACAUUUUUGAUUUGCUGACUGCAGUUGUAUGUUGAAGACUACCUCUGAUAUGUUGAAGACUACCACUGGUAUGUUAAAUAAAAGACUACCUCUGUGACAAAUGAGUUGAGAAUGAAUAUGAAGUGUUUAGUGUUGCUCAUGGGUUUGAAAAGUAAUGAAUAUAUAUAAUAUGUUGUAUCAACAAUUUGCAAGGGAUGUAGUGCAUUAAAUGUGCUCACAGAUGUGAAAGACAAUAUAUGAAUUUAUUGUGCAUAUUAAUUGGAAGUGCUUAUUAUGCACAUUGAUUGAAAUGCUGUUUGGUCUUUGGCAAUGGAUGUGUGUCCUUAUGUCCCCGAUAUUUUGUAUAUUGAAUUGUAAAGCAAUGAGCAAUGGAGUCGUUCCAGUAAUUUGCAGCUUUGCUAAUUUGGCUUGUUUCUAGUUAACUGUAUAGCCAUGUUAUGCAU